AUGAAAUAUAGGAAUCGCUUUGAUGAUCGACAUCGGAUCACUGAGAUAAACCUACCCGAUCAUGGACAAAAGAGCAAUAGCGCUGCUAAAAUACCCAUCUUUGAAGGCCCCAAAAAUGCUCGUCAAGAGGCGGUUGUAAAAGCAUUUCAGCACGCGUGGGCAGGCUACAAAAAAUAUGCUUGGGGUCAAGAUGAGCUCAGACCAAUCUCGAAAAGUUACUCCACUUGGAUCGGUGCUGGAUUGACCCUCGUUGACGCAUUUGACACAGCAAUUAUCAUGGGACUUGAUCAAGAAGUACGGGAUGGAGCAGAAUGGAUUGAGAACUCGCUAACAUUUGAUAAAAGAUCAUUCGACGAAUCUCUUCGGGACGACAAUUCGUUUUCUGGGUGGCCUUCUUUCGAGUUAUCACCUUACUGGGAAUCAGAUUUUUGC